AUGGCGCUUGACUGGAACGACCCCGUUUUGCAAGCACAGCAGUACCUGGACUUCAUCCAACUUCAACAUGCGCUCGGCGGGGUAUACAUCUGGGAGCUGGUCAUCGGCGCCGGAUACGACUGGCGAUUGCUCAGGCGGAAACAGCUGCAUGCUGCGUCGUUGUGGGCGAAAUGGGUUUAUCUCGCUUGUCGGUACUGCGCGAUGGCGGGGUUCAUCACGAUCUUUGCGGGGUUCAAUGUGACAUCGGAGAUCCAAUGCAAGAUAUGGAUCAUCUUCGUCUUUAUAUGGGCUUUUCUAGCCAUCGAGCUAGCGUCGAUGCUUAUCGCUAUUCGAGUCAUUGCGAUAUGGAACAAGUCGAUUUAUGCCGCCGGUCUCUGCGCCGUCGUCCUGGUUACUCAGCUGGCGUUCUUUGCGCAUGAACUCGCAGACGCAAACGCAACUUGGGAACCGACCGCACGCACCUGUGUCGUGCUCGACACACAAACAAGCCAGGCGAACGUUACCGUAACACUCCUUACCGACCUCUUCCUGCUGCUUGCGAUGCUGGUGGGGCUGUUCAGGUGGCGUGAAGCGCGAGGAUCGGGGUUGUGGAAGGUUAUGUGGCACCAGGGUCUCAUCUGGCUCGCACUUGCUACCAUUGCAGAAGUACCGACUGUGGUCUUUCUCUGGCUGAAUUUGAAUCAGGUCAUGAACCUGAUGUUCUUCACACCCGAAAUGGUCAUCCUCGUCAUCGGCGCAACCAGGAUGUACCGCGCGCUCUCAACACACUUCACGUCUGCAUACGAUCCAAGCGUCGGCUACUCAACACGCAGCGAACUCCCAGACGGCACACCGAUGCACCGUAUGCCGGUGCGCUCAACGAUCGCAUUCCGCGAGGUCAUACCUCUCGAUGGGGAUGCAGAGAUCGAUACGCGGAGAUCGGACGAAGAUCAGGAUCAGGAUCAAGACAAGGACAAAGACGACAAAGGUAAACGUGCUGAUGAGCUACAAACUGCGGAGGACAGUCCUCCGCCUAGAGCACAUUCGGAGCUGACUUAUGCGCGAAGCGCAUGA